AUUAACCGAAAUUUAACUGACUGAUUUGCUGACAAAAAACUGAAAACUGAGAGAGAUUAAUGGGAAUUGCCUCUUUUCGGUUUUACAGUACAGCGACUUUAAUGCUUUUUUUACCUUCCGAUUUCGUAUUUGUCGUCUUUUCUUUUAACGUAGGGUAGGGAUUUUAUGUGCCAAUUAGAUUACCCCUUCUUUCUACAACUUAUAUCUUUCCUUUCUCUUUCUUUCUUUCUUCCCUUCUUGUUACAAUCUUAAAUCUUUCCUUUUUUCCAACUGUCGAACCAUGGAAGUCGUUCUUGAGCCUGUCGUCUCCGAACUCGUUAAGGGGUUGCUUAAGAUAUUGGGGUCCAAUGAAGUGCGAGACUUUGCCCGGCAGCUUGUUGGAGGGGUAGAUUCAGAGAUCAAAGAGCUGGAGAACAAGUUAAUGAUGGUUGAAAACCUUCUUCGCAAUGCAGAAAACUGGCAGCUGGUGGAUAAACGAGUCAAAGAAUGGCUUGACAAUCUUCAACACUGGGCUUAUGAUGCAGAGGACUUACUGGAUGAGUUUGCCUACGAAGCUUUGCGACACAAACGCAAGGCAGAACACCAGGCUAGCUCCAGCAGAGGAUUUAGCUGUCUCCCUGCUUCUUUCUCUAGUCCUUCGUUCGCUGUCCAGAUGGGGUCCAAGAUCAAAAAAAUCAAUAGUCGGUUGGAAGAACUCCGCCAACAAAGAUCAGCUGAACAUGAAUUUCAAAAGCUUUCUGAACUGCCAGCAACUAACGUCGCUGCACCGCCAAAACCAGAGGAAACUUCUAGCGUCCGACUUGAACGAGUUGUUUAUGGCAGAGAUGAAGAUAAAGCUGAACUACUGAAAAUGGUGAAAAAUGGCGCCAACUUUCAAGUAAUAGCAGUUUUCGGCAUGGGAGGGAUCGGCAAAACAACAAUUGCUCGAGAAGUGUACAAUCAUGAGUCGGAAGAUUUCAAGUUUGAGAAAAAAGCGUGGGUGUGUGUUUCAACCACCUUUGACGUUCUCAAAAUCUCAAAGGCACUUCUUGAGGAAUUCUCGUCCUCUGUUCCAAAUAAUUUAAAUGCAGUGCAAGUUAAGUUGAAAGAGGCAGUACGUGGAAAGCAAUUCUUGAUAGUAUUAGAUGACAUUUGGAAGGUGGACUACAAUGAAUGGGAAAAGCUCAAGUCUCCUUUCGCAACUGGUGCACCUGGAAGCACAAUGAUCGUGACAACUCGUCAUACAGAUGUUGCACAAAAAAUAAGUUGCUCUCAUACUCAUCAAUUAAGUCUUUUAUCCGACGAAGCUUGCUGGUCUUUGUUUAAGGAGCAUGCGUUUGGGACUGGUACAGCUGCUGUUCCUAAUCAAAUUUCGGAUUCAAUUUACAAGAGAGUUGUUGAAAGGUGUGGCGGUCUACCACUGGCAGCAAAGACCCUCGGUAGUCUUCUACGCUUUGAGCGGAGCGAUACAUGGGAAAAUAUAUUGGAAAGCAAAAUAUGGACUACAUCUAAUAAAAGCGAUCACAUUCUCCCAGCUUUAAAGCUAAGCUAUCAUUAUCUUCCUUCGAAUCUAAAAAGAUGUUUUGGCUAUUGCACAAUUUUUCCUCAGGAUUACGAAUUUGAGGAGAAGGAACUUGCACUUUUGUGGAUUGCAGAAGGUAUUGUUCAACCAUCUGAGAAGCAACUAGAUGAGACAAGUGAGUGUUUUCAUAAAUUAUGUUCAUGGUCGCUUCUCCAACAAUUGAGUAGUGAUAGUUCUAAAUAUGUUAUGCAUGAUCUUGCUCGAUGGGUUUUUGAAGGAAUCAGUUUUAGAUCUGAACAAAAUAAUGUUGAACUGUUGGAAAAGGUUCGUUAUUUUACUUAUGAACCUGAUUAUUAUACUGGAAAAAAUAAAUUUAAAGCCUUGGAAAAAGUAAAAUGUUUAAGAACAUUUUUGCCUGUGAGGCCUGAAUUAUGGUGUUAUAUGAGUGCUACUGUUAUUUUUGAUUUAUUGCUAAAGUUUGAAAUGUUGAGAGCAUUAUCUUUUGAAAAUUAUCAAAUUUGUUAUUUACCUGAUUCAAUUGGAGAUAUGAUACAUCUAAGGUAUCUCAAUUUCUCUCAUAUUAUGAUAAGAAGUUUGCCUGAGUCAACAUGUCAGUUAUUUAACUUGCAAACUUUGCUAUUGAAAAAUUGUUUUAAUCUUAUGGAGUUACCUUCCAAUAUGAGAUAUUUGACCAAUCUAUAUCAUCUUGAUAUAAGUGGUCGAAAUUCAUUGAGAGAGAUGCCAUAUGGAAUGAAAAAGUUGACAAAUCUUCAAGUGUUAUCUAAUUUUAUUGUGGGAGAGGAUACACAUUCUUAUUUGGAAGAUUUGAGGAGUUUAAGUUUUCUUCAAGGAGAGCUUCACAUUUCAGAAUUACAGAAUGUGACAAAUCUAAAUCACAUACAAGAGCAAAUACUAAGCAAUAAGAGCAAACUAAAAGUGUUGAUACUAGAAUGGAGAGAUCAAGUAAACUCACAGGCAACAGAUAUAGAAAUGAAUCUACUUGACAAGCUAAAGCCUCCUAUCAAUUUAAGAGAACUCGCAAUCAGAGGCUAUGGUGGUGAAAGUUUUCCAUCUUGGUUAGGAGAUUUGUCAUGGCUCUCUAAUUUGCGUGUGUUUACUAUUGAAAAAUGUCCCCAACUUAUUGGAGAAGUUCCUAAUUAUUUUUCUUCAUUAGAAAGAUUCGUUAUUAAGGAUUGUCCAAGGUUGGUGGUCUCAUUAUCAAAUUAUCCUAUAGGUUGCAAAUUAGAAAUUAAUAAUUGUAAAGGAAUGGUAUGUAAUGAUGGUUCAAUUGAUUUUGAGAAUUUGGAUUCUAAAUAUCUUGCAAAUAUUUCGACAAUUGAAGAUAAAUUAAAGAAAGGUUUUCAAAGAGUAGAUCGUUUGGAGAUUGUUCAUAAUGAAGAGAUUAUAGAAUCAUGGCAAAGUUUGAAAAACACCAAUUUUCUUUCCAGUAUAAAUUAUCUUGAGAUUAGUGAGUGUCAGAAUCUAAGAUCUAUUGGAAGGGGCAUGCUACCAUCAUCUCUGGAAGAAUUUGAUAUUAAUUCCUGUCAGAGUCUAACAUUCAUUGAUAGCGAUGCCUUACCUUUAUCUCUGAAAAGGCUUAGGAUUGAAGUAUGUGAAGAACUGAAAUUUUUGGAGGAUUUAAGUGUUUGUUCUCUUAUUGAGUCCAUAAAUAUUUUUGGGUGUAAAUCUCUCAAGUGCAUAUCAUUAGAUGGUCCGUUGCCUGAGACACUCAACCAUCUAGAUGUUAGACGUUGCAAAGCACUGGAAACAUUAUCAUCUCGCAGAAAUGAGUACCUCCCUAAGGCACUUACAUCCAUCCAUAUUAAUGAAUGUGAAGAGCUAAAGUCCAUUGCUGAGUCCUUUGAUAAUAGCACGUGUCUUAAAGAUAUUACUUUAUGGGGUUGUGAAAAUCUUGAAUCCUUACCUUCAGGUCUACACCAUCUUCCUUGCCUUGAGUCUAUUAAAAUAUGGAAGUGUCCAAAAUUGCCGCUUGAAUCAAUUCCAAGUCUCAGCGGCCUCAACUCUCUUGAAAGUUUGGAAAUCCGUGAUUUCCCACAGCUUGAAUCAAUUCCAAAUCUCAGCGGCCUCAUCUCUCUUAAAAGUUUGCAAAUCAUUGAUCUCCCACAGCUUGAAUCAAUUCCAAAUCUCAGCGGCCUCAUCUCUCUUGAAAGUUUGCAAAUCAUUAAUCUCCCACAGCUUGAAUCAAUUCCAAAUCUCAGCGGCCUCAUCUCUCUUGAAAGUUUGGAAAUCGUUGAUCUCCCACAGCUUGAAUCAAUCCAAGAUCUGAGCAACCUCUCCUCUCUUACAGAUUUCAUAAUUUCCAAUUGCCCAAGGAUCAAAUUAAUUCCAAGUCUGAGCAGCCACUCCUCUCAUGAAAAAUUCUACAUUGAGGAUUGCCCAAACCUCAAAUCCAUUCCAGAUCUUGGCAACUUCAAAGAUUUAUCAAUUAUAAAAUGCCCAAAACUCAAAUCCCUACAAACCCUGCCAUCCUCACUUCAGUCUUUAUAUAUUACAGAUUGUCCACUGCUUAUAAAACGAUGGAAAAGUGUUAGGGGAAAAUAUUCCUCAAAGAUUGCUCAAAUUCCUAAAGUUAUACAUCUAAUUCCAUCAAAGGUGAUGGUCAAUAAGAAUCUCUCAAUUAUAGUUUGUUCAGGUGCCACUGUCUCCAACUUAGACAAGCAACUGCUAGAACCUAAUCCUGGCAUGUCUAAGUUUUCUGGAUCUAAACUUACUGCGUGUCUGCUUGCUGAAAUUCCAAUACUGAGAUUGUAUCUUCUAGCUGUUGCAACGCGACACGGCUACAGAAAUGGAGCAAUUUGCUUUCUGCUUGGAUGUUCGAAGCCUUGUUUCUUGUGGAUGUUGGUUCUUCCUGUCUGCAUGUUAGAAGACUUUGCUGCUACAUCCAGGUUUAUGGCUUUCUUGGAGCAAGAUGAUUACUUUCCCUACUGUUCCUUCACGAAUAUGUCUGAAUUUAUUACUGCCUUUUCGCUUCUGGAGGAAUUUUCCGCUGCUGAACUGGUAGUUCUUGUUGGUUUGCUCUUAGCUGGUGCCAUGAAUAAGCAAGAUCAUUUGCAGGGUGCUACAGACCUGGAGUUUUGCCUUGAAGCUGCUGUUCACUACUGCUCGAUUAGUGGUAUCAGGAUGUUUGCUGGAGACUUUAAUGUGUUUGGGGAUGAAAUACAUGCUGAAGAAGUGGUGCUGGGUUGGCUCUUCCUUGCUGCUGCACUCCUCUUACUGGAGUAA